AUGGCUGCCGUAUCAGCUCCCACUCCCAAGCUGGACCGCUUCAUCGUCGUCCAUGUUGCAACCACCUGUGAUGAGCAUGGCGUCUAUGUCACAAAGGACUCUGCAGAGGUGAUUGAGUUCGGGUGGAUCUUGUUGGAUACCAAAACCUGUGAGGAGCUACACCGGGAGAGUGUCCUUGUCAAGCCCGUCAACACUCCGAUCACGCCGCUUUGCACGAGCCUGACGACGCUGACCUGGGAGCACGUCCGCUCAGCAGGCAGCUUCCGCGAUGCUAUCAGCCGAUUUGACUCCUUCGCCCAAGAACAUCUCCUGAGCAAGAACCUUGAAUUUGCCUUUGUGACCUUGGAUUCCUGGGAUCUUCGUGUUCAGCUCCCUCGGGAGGCUCGAGACAAGGCGGUCGUCCUUCCCGCGUACCUCCAACACUCCCGGACAUUCGACCUUCGCACCGAGUACCAAAGAUGGCAAACCCACCACCCCGAGUCCCUCCCCUUCGGUCCUAGUUCGCUUUCGAAUAUUUGUGCUGCCCUCGAGGUCGAGCCCGUUCAGUCGUCUGCCCCGAUCAAGCAUAACCUUCCCUUCCACCUGCAAGCCCUGGCCCCCGCCUCCCCUCGUCGGGCCAUGGAUGAAGCUGUGACUCUUGCUCGGGUCCUGCGUGGAUUGAUUAGGAAAUCCCAGCCCGCUCAUGAGCAUCCAGAGAUCCUCACUCGACCAAUGGAUGCCCGGGCGGAUGUUCGUGCCUUUUUGGCCGAACGUAGCAAGGUGCUUCACCUAAGCGGUCUGCCCUACGAUACGACGCAGUCGGAACUGGAGAGCUGGUUUACUCAGUUCGGCGGUCGCCCGAUCGCUUUCUGGACUCUGCGUACCCCAGACCAACACAAGCCUACCGGCACUGGGUUUGCAGUCUUCUCAUCUCAUGAAGAGGCCGCCGAAAGCCUCUGCAUGAACGGACGUGCCCUGAAUGAGAAGGCCAUCGAGGUGUCUCCGUCAUCCAGCCGUGUUCUUGACCGAGCGGCAGAGAUCCUCACCCCCUUCCCUCCAUCCAAGAACCGACCUCGACCGGGCGACUGGACCUGCCCCUCUUGUGGAUUCUCCAACUUCCAGCGCCGUACUGCUUGCUUCCGCUGCUCGUUCCCUGCCAUGGCAGCUAACCCUGACCCAAUGGGAUAUGGAUACGGAUACGGUCCGCCUUCCAUGAUGCCGCCUCACGUCGGCGGUCACGGCCAUGGAAUGGGACAUUCUCGAGGAGGCAAUGGUGGAGUUGUUCCCUUCCGUGCGGGCGACUGGAAAUGUGGUUCAGAGGGAUGUGGCUACCAUAACUUCGCCAAGAACAUCAAUUGCCUACGCUGCGGUGCUCCUAGAUCUGGAGCAGCUGUUGUUGCUGAUUCUGCAUUUCCCUCUCCAAUGGAGCCACCGUCGAACUUCGGCCACAGCUCCAUGAGCAGCACCCCAGCUCCUGGUCCGUUUGCUUCCACUGGUGCCGGAUUUGGCGGGUUUAACCAGCCGUUCGGAGGACCCCCCAAUACCUAUGGGUUGCCCUCUGGUCUGGGCAGCGCGCCGGGUGCCUACCCUCCCAUGGGACAGAUGACUCCUGGCUAUGGCUCUACGAAUACGUCCCAUGCCGCUGCGUCAUUCGCCAAUCCUGCAACACAAGCAGCUUUCACUGGAGCCGACCACGCUUCAUCAACUAGUGCCUCAAAUGGAAACUUCUACGGAAACGAUGGUUCCAACGACCCUUUCGCCUUUCUGUCUUCGGGCCUGGGUGGUUUGACGGUCUCGGAUGAUGCUCACUCUCGCCGAAAUGGCGCUGGUGCUAGCAAAUCCCCUGCAUAA